GGUGGCGGCGGCCUGGCCGUCCGCUGCGCCGCGAUGGACAGCUCGGGCAAGGAGCGAGAGGCCGUGCAGCUCAUGGCCGAGGCCGAGAAGCGGGUCAAGGGCUCCCACUCCUUCCUGCGGGGGCUCUUCGGGGGAAAUACCAGAGUAGAGGAAGCCUGUGAAAUGUAUACCAGGGCUGCAAACAUGUUCAAGAUAGCCAAAAACUGGAGUGCUGCAGGGAACGCAUUUUGCCAAGCAGCCAAACUUCAUAUGCAGCUGCAGAGCAAACACGAUUCGGCCACCAGCUUCGUGGAUGCUGGGAAUGCUUAUAAAAAAGCAGAUCCGCAAGAGGCCAUCAACUGCUUAAAUGCAGCUAUUGAUAUCUACACUGACAUGGGGCGAUUCACUAUUGCUGCCAAGCAUCACAUCACCAUUGCGGAGAUUUAUGAGGCUGAGCUGGUAGAUAUUGAGAAGGCAAUCGCACACUAUGAGCAGGCUGCAGACUAUUACAAGGGAGAAGAAUCCAACAGCUCAGCCAACAAGUGUCUGCUGAAGGUUGCUGCUUAUGCCGCUCAGCUGGAGCAGUACCAGAAGGCCAUCGAGAUUUAUGAGCAGGUUGGAACAAACACUAUGGAUAAUCCUUUGCUCAAGUACAGCGCGAAAGAGUAUUUCUUCAAAGCUGCCCUCUGCCACUUCAUUGUGGAUGAGCUGAACGCCAAGCUGGCGCUUGAGAAAUACGAAGAGAUGUUCCCAGCGUUCACGGAUUCGAGGGAGUGCAAGCUGUUGAAAAAACUGCUGGAAGCCCACGAGGAGCAGAACUGCGAGGCCUACACGGAGGCGGUGAAAGAGUUCGACUCGAUAUCCCGUUUGGAUCAGUGGCUCACGACCAUGCUGCUUCGCAUCAAGAAGUCCAUUCAGGGCGAAGGGGACGGGGACCUGAAGUGAUCCGCUCGUGAUGCCCGCGGCGUGCGGCCUACGUUAACCCGUCCUCGCGUUACAGCCGGGGACCGUCACGGAAUAGGUGAUGAAAUAUCUCGCUUAAUUUUGUUGCUUAUGAGUCAGAUGCCUCGUGUGUUUCUUUAGUGUCCUGCUCUGUGUCGUGACAGCAUGGGUAGGUGAGAAAUGAUGCUCUGGGUAUCGCUGGAGAGGUCGAAGAAACACUUCUGGCAGGAUUUAUUUAUUUAUUUAUUUAUUUAUUGGUGAGCCCAGUUGUGCACUUCCAAUGCUUUCCUUCCCAUUUUGUCUCCUAAGGUUACGUGAACAUUUUUGUCCCUGCCCCUACGGUACAAAAAAUCGCUCCUGAUCUAUUGCUGCGUUGUGCCUGUUCUGUGUUUUCACAUGGACCUCUGUCAGAUGAGCUGGGACCUUGCUGGUCUUUUUUAGCGGUGCUGGUGAAAGGCUUUGUGACUCUGACGUCCCGUACGCACGUGUGUGUAUACGUGCUACACAGAUACAUGUGUGCACACAGAAAUACAGACUACAGAAUGACCUAGCAUAGAAAACAUUUAUAAUUCAGAGAGGACAGGACUGCUUAGGUUGAUGUCAACCCUCUGGAUAGUUGUGAAUGGGCCUAGUUAAUCCUGUAUUUUGUAUUUAAGAUCUAAAUAUAAAAUGUAAGGUUCUUCUAUAUUUUCUUGGAUGUAUUUUUCCACCUAUUUUAUUCUGUGAUGCACCCUAUCCCUCCACUCCCGAGAUAACUUGACCCGUGUAAUAAUAUAUUUUUCUAACUUUGUUUACCUAAAGCCCUGCUGCCGUCUCGAACGCAGCUCCGUUGUGUGUGCCGGGCAAGGCUGGUUAUUUUAUGAUCCUUCUGCUCAUUCCUGGGCUGUGCAAAAUUACCGGCUGAGACUUGAUACGAUCCAGGGACCUUCCCUUGCCUCUCUGGGUGACAGAUCACGCAAAGCUUACCUUGAAAAGGUGUAGACACUCUGAAAAUUCCUGUAGCCAUUACAAAAACGUGUUUUAAAACAACAUCUGCAGCCCAGGCGCUUUUGUGCAAUGCUUAGUUUAAGUAGAGACGAUUAAGCUACCUAUUUCACGUGUAUAUAUUAAGAGGGACUGAGGAGCCUAUGCAGUUUGUUGGAGGGAGCCAGUGCUUAGUAUUGCUGUAAGAUAAAGUAAUUUUCAGACUCAUUGGGGAUAUGCAGAGAAUGAAGAAAGACUUGAUUUAUAUAUCAAAUGCUGCUCUUUUCCAUUGCCAAAGCGGGAAUAUCAUAGCAGCCCCCAGUAGUAACUGCUGCAGCUAUAUAGGCAUCGCCGCAGGUACCACAUGGUCAUCACCUGGCAUGCUGGUCUUCAGUUUGUUUUUAAUCUAAGCACUUAUCUGAAGUACAGCUCAGUACUAACUUGUCAACUUGUUGUCGUAAGUGUUGUAGCAGUAUUAAAGUAGUGCUAUAUCUGCCACUCGCUUGCCAAAAAAAAAUCCUUCUGAUAUGCCCUUAAAAAAGGGGGGAGGAAAGAGAGAAAUUCCAGACUUUUCCUCACUUAUUUUCCACGGACUCUGUUCUGGGUAUCACACCUUGCAAGAAAGGGCCCAGGAGCUUUGCAGCACUUGCAAGGCGAGUGGAGCAAAGCCGUGGAAGAUGCUGGCUCUUGCAAGCAACUCGGUUCUUCACCUCUCAGAUGGGUUUUGAGGCUCCUGUUUGUGACCAACCUCUGACUGCAGCAAAAUUGUCACUUAGGCCACAGUGUUUCGUGUGCAUCUUCCUCACCAGCUUGGCAAAGAAAUAGUUAUAUUUGGCUUGUGGUCCCCAUCUGCCUCCACCUGAGAUGCCCUUCACUAGCUCCGUUCUCAGCUGACACGAGUGUUUGAUGCCAUUUGUUGGCUUUUCUGGUUGUCAGUGCUCACGCGGUGGCAGUGACGGGUGCGCGCGGCCGCUGAGCAGCCGGUUUUAAAGUGACCAUCUGCCACUCUGCUGUAUUUCCUCUCCACCCCAGUAUGAAACUCUGUAUAACGACAACUUAAUGAAAUGGCCUUAGCAAGAGCAUAGUCUGUUGUGUGUGAAUCUGUACAGUAAUAAAACAGAAAUCGUGAA